UUGUGACAGGGAGCGGGCCUUUCCUGCUGUGGGGAAGGUUAAAUGCCCUGUUUCCUGUCUGGGUAGUGGGGCUUAAACUUGGGUAUGUGCUUGAGCUUAGAGGAGCUAGUGUAAUAAGCAGUAGCCUGUCUACAAAUUACUAGCUAGCUUAGUGGCUAAUGUAUAUGUAUGUUCAGGGUAGUUAGGCCUUUGUAAUGAAUGGGAGGAUUUCAUUGUGGAAGGUGUGAUUAGCUUAGCUCCUAGAGUACAGGUUCAGUUUCCAAAAAUGUAAAGCACCAGUCUUGGAAACAAAAUUGAGGAAGUAUUUUUUUUUUUUCUUCCUGCUAACACAUUUGUACAACCUUGAGUUUCAUAGCUGUUUCAUUCCCCCUGUUUUUUUAGCUUGUAAAUGGCAUGGAUAAUACCCACCUUUUAAAAAGAUUUUGGAAUUGUUAGCAGAGGGAGAGAAAAACAGACUUCAAAACGUUACUGUCAUUUCUGUUUAUCCCCCAGCUGUGCUUUCACUUUUGGAGGAGUAGACAUGUUUUGUUACAACUUAAAACUUUCUCUAUAUUCUUUGAAAUUGAUUUGUUCCCUGACCAGCAAAAAAACAGUAGUCACGUUGUGAGUGCUACAGGGUAUGAAGGUGAAAAUACUGGUACAAAACUCAGUCCCGCAAGUUGAAAGCUAAUGAAAUAGCACUUGAGGUUGCGUUUCUAAGCAAGAGCAUCUCAGUUGUUACUAGAAGCCUAAAAAGGGGAGUAAAUGCCAUCAUUGAUUUUUAACUCAGCCAGGCAAGGUUUGUCAGGGUGGUGUAAAAGCAUAUUGUUAAUACUAAUUUCAAGUCUUAGUACACACAAUACCUGAAAAAUAGUUUAUGCAAUGGGUUUGCUGCUGUUUCUUUAUACCUUGAGAAUAUUUCUGUUUUGGAAGAUGCAAAAACUUAGUACUUUUUUUGAAUUGAAGCUUAUAUAGGUUACAAUAGAUACUAAGUCAAAGUUUUCAAGGGGUGUGUAGGCAACGUGUCACUUGAGAAAUUCCUUCCCGGGAUGAAGAGGGCAAGGAGCAGUUAAAAAAGAGAGCAAGGAAUGAAUACAGGCAAUGCAGGUUAUGCUUGGACCAGGUGAAGUGUGUUGUAAAACUCCAGGAUCCAGUUCCUGAUCUGAAUUAUUCCUGUACCUGGAAUCUGUGUAGUCAUGACACUAUAGGGUAUGGCCAAACUAGGUAUUUUUUGUGCUUUCAGCAUAGGUACAGAACAGAAUAGCCUGGGACGUGGUGUCCAGAAAGAUACAGAAGUGGUAGUUCUGCUGCUGUUGAAUAUGAUUUGUGCCUCUAAAUCCCUUUAAUAGCUUCUAGAAAAUGCAGUUUGUUACAGCCUCAUCUAAUCAUCUAAGUGUGCUUCUUAAUAAGAGUAAAACAUUUGCUUGACCUCCAGGACGUAUUUGAUAUACAGUUACUUUUUUUGUGAUUGUUAAUUUUAUUAGUCUUUCAGUGACUGGUACCCAAGCUGAAACGUGCAUGUCUUUUUGUGUUACGUUUAUAACAAUUCCCAGUAAAACUUUAGGGAUUUUUUUUUUUUUUUUUUACAUAGCACAGUUGAUAAUGUAUGGCAGAGUUGUUAUUUUCUUCUGAUUUUUAUUUUUGAGUAUAAAUCAAUGUUAAAUCAAGAGCAGUGUGUGUUAAAUGUGCAUGGUACCCGUGUACUUAAAUAUCAUAUUAUCAUUUUUUUUCCCUCAGCAGGGUUGGUUGGUUGAUUAGAAACCCAGAGUUGGAUUGGCCAGGUGUUGGAAAGUCAGCUGGCAAUACAAACUCUCACUAAUAGAGUAUAUGGGGAGCUCUGCCUGUUUGGUGGUAUCAGUGGAUGUGAAGUAUAAGGAUUUGAUUAAGACUGAAACUCCAUGUGAAUAUUUCUAUGUGGUUUAAUGAUAGUAUUUGUAAUUACAUCUUACAAAGUUCUUACUAUCAGAAAACUUGGAAAAUGUGGCCAGUUGGAUUGCAAGAUUUUGUGUUAGAAAUAUGCAAAGUUGCUUUCUUUAGUAAAAGUAAUUUUGGUCCAAAUUGUUAUGUGUUAAUGAGCAAUAAAAACAUUGAUGCCCAUCUUGCCUGUUGAACUAACACUUGUGGAUUUAUGAGUAAAUUUAGCAGGGGAAAAUCUGAAAUGAGACUAUACAUUUGUUUCAAAUAUGAUGCUGUUGUGUAGUUAAGGGAAUUCUUUUUGAGCCUUGUCAGUUUUGAGGAAGUUUCAAGGUAUUGUUUUAUUUGAUAUCUUUUAAUAGCUUAGCAAAGUUGGAUGGAUCAAAAAUGUCUCUGGAGUGAUGCUGCAAAACAGGAGAUUAGUCAGUGAGUUUGACUUACUGCAGGGGCCGAUCUGGAGCUUGAUUAUGGUGGCUGCAGUGGUGCAGCUGUCUAAUGUUAAUAGAUCUCUGUUGGAUUCAAGCUGAUGUGGUGAUGCAACACUAUUCCCUUCUGACUACUGCAAGAGAUUAAUUCUAGGCGAGACACCUAAAUAGGUCAAGGAGCUUUUCUGCCAGGCCUGGGGAAUGUUCUGGAACAGUAAAUGCUGGAAUUAAAAGUCUGUAUUUGACACCUUCCAUAAAACCAAGGCCUAAUACGUGUAUUGAGAGCAUGCCAUCAGAAAUGCUGACGAAGAUAUUUUCCUAUUUGGAUGCUGUGUCCCUGUUGUCUGUUGGUUGUGUGAAUAAGCACUUCUAUCAUCUAGCCAAUGACAAUGGAAUCUGGCUGAAAAUCUAUUCAAGUUGUUUUCAACCAAAAAGGACAAUUCGGGAAAUGAAGUCUGAACAGACAGAAACUGUUUCAUUGGGCUGUACUGUUCUACAUGAUAGAAAACCUGGGUACUGGAAGAAAGAAUACAUCUUCAAACAAAUAGCUGCUGUCAAAACUAGAGUAAUGCAACUUGUUAAACCUGUAGAUUCUUAUACAGGUGUUCCAUGUAAAGCCAAAGAAGCUAUAAAAGCUUCUGGCUUGAGUUGGAUAAUUGUUCUAAAGGACAAAAAUGGAAAGGAACAUGUAAUGGAGAAGGCAGACCUAUCAUUUAAAGACACAUCUGUUGCUAUACUUUGGUAUGGUACAAGUUGGCCAUGCUUAGACAUCCUGUCAACCCUAAAACUAUUCGGACUUAUGCCAUUGCUUCCUGACCAAAGCAGAGCUCCCAGGAAGAAUGGACCUCGUCGACGUUCCUUCAUUGCCGAGUACCAUCUUGCUAACCUGACUGAAAGUAGUGUAGCAAUUGGUGCUGAUAAACUUGUCCAGCUCUUCAGCCUGAAUCCAGGACUCCUAGUAGGAGUCUGGAAGGACAAAAAUGAAAUUGCUUUUGUUCUGGUGAGUCUUCAUUAUCAUCAACUUCUUGAGAGAAGCACUUUGGGUUCUGCUACUGUUCAAUAUGACCCUCCACCUAGUGAACCUGUAUUGGAUGAUGUGGAUCCAGAAUAUGGACUGCAUGGCUACAAUAUGCAUCUAGAUAUCCAUGGUGGGAGCUGCACCUACCUGUGUGAAAAAUUCAGGAGCCUCUUCUGCAGAAGAGGUGACGUUGCAAAUGGAUAUUUGAGGCUCACAGUCGUAAGUUUCAAGGAUAAUACGAAGCACUUGCCUCUUAUUGGGACACUUGGCUUAUCCUGGGAAACAGAUGUAUUUAAAGGCAAUGUAAAGGACUGCUGUGUGAUGGAUGUUACUCUCUUGGAUGAAAUUGGAAAGCCCUUCUGGUGUUUCAGUGCCCCAGUCUGCAUGGAACUGUCUUCCAAGGCAUCCAGCCUUUUUGAUUACAUGGGUCAUAUCUAUACCAUAGACUAUACAGAUUCAGAGGGUAAAGUCUGUGUUGAAUUGGUGUGGUUGGAAGAAACCAAGGAGUAUUUUAUAGUCAAUUUGGUGCUUUAUAUAAGCACCAAAAAGGUAAAUAACUGGUAUGGAACAAAUUACUGACUGACUUGGGUCGCUGAUUUCCUUGCUCUAAAAAAACCCCACCAACCAACACCUAAACCCCACACUAAACUUUUUGUGCUUAAAUUUGAUGCCAAUGGGCAAGACUGUUUCUGCAAGUUUUUCAGUAACUAGUGCAAUUGUAUAAUUUUUCUUUAUUUGGCAUUGGAGAGAUUGAAGAGAUGUUUUGAUAUAAAUGAGAGUUUUUUCUUCUGUUGAACAUCACAUGGUUAGUCUGUUUCUGGUACUGUUAUAUUAAAAUUAUUUUUAGGAAUCUCUUUCUUUAUAGAUACUACUUUACUGUGGUUAACAAAUAGCCUCUUGUGGGAGCCAUACUGUGAAGACAUCUUACCUUAUGCAAGCUACGUUGUUUUUGAGAACAUUGACUUUUAUGCCUAGUAUUAAAACAGCAUGUGUGCCGUUUCCUUCCAAUUUGUUAAUGUUAUUGGUAAAUAAAAGGUUUUGACAGGUUUUGUUAAAUGCAUAAAUACUUCACUUAAAUAUAUGCUAGUAGAGGAUUUAAAAGGUAGAUGGGGAAGUUGCAGACCUGAACAAUAUGGUAAUUAAGGCAUUUGCUGGAAAAUAUCAUAAUUUCUAUUAUGAAAUUUGUUUAAACUCCUGUUUGUUCUGUUUUCCCAUGUUCUAACCUUCUGUCUGAUAGACCUAUGAAUAAGUGUCCCAAUUACCAGCACAGCUGAGCUGGUGUAGUUCUGUUGUUUCGGAAACAAUACAUAUCUGAGACUGUAUAUCUAACAAUAAGUGUUCAUAUAAAAAUUGAGUGUAUGUCUCUGGUCUUCCAGGUUCCUUGAAGUAACUUUAGGACCAAAUCUUCUACUCUCUCUAUAAAAAAAUAUAAUAAAAUGACAUGAUAUUGGGACACCGGUGUCAUCACAUAGCAUGUUACAAACUACAGCAAAUUUGUGUAGUUUCACAUUACUCUUAAGAAAAAAGCACAACUAUAUUGUUGACUUCUGUGACUUUAUUAUGAUAGUGAUUUCCUUAAAAAUAACUGCUCUCUGUUCUUUAAGUACAUUAAUUGAUUAAUGCAAGCAAUGUUUAUGUGUAAGCACUUGUGGUAUAGUAAAUACGGUAGGAGAUCUGUGCUAUAGCGAUAGGGUUGUUUCUUAAUGUAACUUUCAAAGAUAAUAAAGUCAAGGCUGAUUCAGUUCUAGUUUAACUUGCAUAACCUUACCUAAUGAAGGAAUGGAAACAUUUCUGGGUUUGGUGGUUAGCCACUGUAACAAGCAUGAUCGGCUGCAUUUUGUCUCCUUUUAUAUUCACUGCUGAUGGUGACUGGGAUCCCUUGAAGUAAUAUAAAUGUUUUAUCAAGUGGACUGGGUGUGAUGAGUGCCAGAACAACAAGCGCUGAAAUUUUUGCCGCACAGAAAAGCGGCCAGGCAAGAUUAUCUUUUGCUUGAAGUUAGACGUAAGUGGUGGCUCAGUCCCAAAGUUCUCUUAGUUGCCCUCACUGCUAAGCCUGUAAAUGAAGAUGUAGAAUUAUUCUGGCUGCCUUGAUCCUUUGAGAUGUGCAAGUAUGUUCUUUGAUCUGCUUUGAAGCUGCCAGUCAGUGGGCACUCAGCAGCCAUAAAAUUGUAGAAGUUCUGUCCCUGCUCAUUCUAGCUGAAUUUUUGCUGCAUUUCCAAUGUUGGUUGGUUGUACUUCCUUUUCUUUAAAAAGAAAUUCCAAUUUCUAAAGCAUUUGACUGUUUUAUACAAUUGAAUGUUUUAUAGAAAGUUCUGGUGUCGCCAUUAGAAAUGAAACGAGAACAUGCUGUCCCUACCCCCAGUACACCAAUCUAGUAGCCUGGAAGUUUACUAACUCAAUGAGGGAGAAGGUAAGUCUUUAGCAGCACUGUCAACCUAAGAAGUGAUACAGUUUCCUCACGUUGUUGCUAACUUAUUUCUGCUGUUCAUGAAACAGGAAUGUGUAAAUGCAGCAGACCCAAACACACAGUGGUUCCGAGAUCUUCAGAAGGGUCAUAACUGUUGUAGAGCUGUUCUCGCACAUCUUUGCUGAAGUAACAGGACCAUAGUCUUGUCCUUUCUGAAGAUACAAAGACUAAGGAUUAAUUUUUACCUCUUUAGAUAGGCCUAAACCUGCUGUAGUAUUAUGCCAUGUGUACACUGCUUUAAUUUCAGUUUACAGUUGCUUUUAACUUGCACAGCAGGAGCAAAUUCAGUAGUUACCACUUCUGUGAUCAAUCCUGGAAAGUUCUAUGUGGCUUCACUCGGAACUUCCAUUUCUUCAACUCCCAUCUUCUUUUCUUUGUAUAAGUGAGGAUAUACACUGAAACUCCACAAAGAAAAAGGCUGAUAAUAGGUACCUGCACUGGCCCUUUUCAUGAAAGAAAAUGUCAUUUGUUCCAAAAAACUAUGUGCUUUGAUAGAAUCUUCAGCUAAUCCCUUUUCAUGUACCUGGUGCAAAAGGUGGUAGGAUGAGUUGCAUGUCCCAAUCUGUGAUAAAAAAUUCUUGCUCUAUAGAAGACAAUUGUGAAAACAAACAGAAAAAUGGAGGCACCAGCUGAAAUCUGACAACCAAAAUACACAGCUAGUUGUGACACUAAGCCUUACAUCACAUUUUUCUUUUAGUGCCUUAGGAUUUCUUACAGCUGCUUUUAAUGAUUUUGUUAGUGUUCCAUACUGAAGACAGGACAAUGUCUUUGUUGUAAUUGCAUCAUUUAUCCAAGCAGUAGGAAAAUGUAUCUGAGAGAGAGUAUUAGCAUUUAUAAGUGGAAAAAAAUACAGAAGUUAAACAUUGUACUUUUAUUUGUGUGUGCUUCAGGGACCGACUUAUCCAAGUAAAGAGAGUAACCAACUCUUAACUUCUAAAUGUGUAAGUACUCUGUAACAGAUAGAACUCCAAUAUUUUUGAAAGGGUGAUUAACCUGGUAGGCAAGCAUAAAAACACUAUUUAUGUUUAUCUUAUUGCAAAUAAGAGUGCUCAUUUAACUUAAUGAGUUUAAAUUGCAUUAAAAAGGAAUCAGCAUGAAAGUGAUUUAAUGAAAGGGUUUUUAUAAGAUUAUUGCAACAGCAGAGGAAUCAUCUUUUUAAUGGAACUACAUCUAAAUUUAAUCUUGUCGUUUGUCAUCAUUUUAACAGAUGUUUGCUGUGUUCCUGAAUGCUUCCCUAGUCUGUUACUGAUUUUUUUUUUUUUUGAAAGAGGUACUUGUAAAUGGAAAAUGUCUUCAAUGAACAACUCAUUAAUAUUGUUGGGCACUUAAUGUAAUCUUCCAUUGAUACAAGCUUCUGUGUUUAUAAUCUGAACAAUUGUCUUUAACACUGCUACUCUGGAAUCAUUCCUCUUUACUGCGGUUGGCUUACUUCAGUGGGAAACUAAUAGCAGCUAUGCAUUUCUGAAGUCUUUGUGGUGUAAGCUAGUAAUCACAGUUGGUUGUUUUUUUUCAAACUGGCCUUUUAGUUGUUUUGGCUUUUCUUCCCAUUUUCUUGUAAUUGCUAUUAAAGAACCAGUUCUGCUUUCCUAAAACACUUCUGUUCCAUUGUGCUUUUGACACGUGACUGAAUACAGAAUGCAGUUGUGUGAUGGAUAGCCUCAUCAAAAUUUUAUUUUAUUUUUCCCCUGCCUGGUGCCUCUCUCCCUAUUUAGCGGUCAUGUUUUGAUUUGCAUUCAUCCAUUAGAUAUUUAGGUAUGGUCUUUAUUUCAUUGAAACUGUUCUCAUUGUCAUAUACUUGCUUCUUGAGAAUAGGAUGGCUUCCCCACCCCCCCAGCUAUAUGUCUAACUGAUGCUUGUGAUUGAGUACUUGAGAACGAUAUAUGUAUAGUAAUAAGGAUACAGUGAGCUGAAAUGGAUUAAUACUGUUUCAGAUUAAGAAUCUAGACAAGUGAUCAAGUUGUAUAUCUUAGUGAGUGACUGUCUAGCAACAAAAAAUGUUUGUUUUUAUUUAAACAAAAUAACCUUUUUUUUGUUUAAAUAAAACAAAAACUUGUAUUUACGAGGUGUUCCAACACAUUCAAACAGUUGGAAGGAAGUUUAGGUAAAAGCAUUUGUUCUUCUGCCUAUCUGGCAUACUACUACAUGCACUUACUUGCUAAGGUGUGAUAACCGAAUCUCAGUGUAAAUGUAAGUGCAUUAGAAACUGUACAGAUAAAACAGUGUUUUGAGAAAUUAAAAUAAGUAGUUGAUGGGUUUCAAUUUCUGUUUGUAGUGGCUUGGAAGGACAUUAAUAUAAAAAGUUAAAUCCUGUCACUGUUUCCUGUCUCAUCCUUCCACUAUAAAUCAGAAUGGGAAGCAGUGGCAACAAGGGUAACUAGUGAGUUUUGUGUGGUGAGGAAAGAUUUAGUGUACUGAAUGUCAAAGCAUUGCUUAUUCUGUUCUUAGUUCAAAUUUUAAACCGUUUAGGAGCCUUUCUCAUGCUGUGCCUCUUCUGAAGUAUUUGUGGAAAAAGGAGUAAUACUACUUUGUAUUAAUGCUAUUACAGUUGUAGAAGUAUAAUAAAGUUGAAUACUGUAAGGCUUUUAAACACA